AUGCCAAGAUCACCGCCACCAUCAAGGAGCAAAUCAUACUCCCACUCGAGGAGCAGGUCGCCCGUCAAGAGGAGAAGAAGUGCUACACCUGAUCAAGAGGAGCUAUCACCGUUUCUGAUCCGGAUAUAUGUGACAAAAGGGAAACAUGUCCCAUUAGUCGAAUUUGACGAAGGGAACAUUCCUUUAAGAGAUGAAUUCCAGGUAUAUGGAUGGAAAUCUUCCACUCCAACAUCACUUAUUAGAUCAUUAUUACCUUCAUUUCCAGCACCUUAUCGAUCACCUUUAGCUCGAUAUUCAUUCCGUCAUAUAUACGUUGAUGCUUCUUCUCGUGGGCUAUAUAGAUCAAAAGAUCUGGUCUCGUUCACAGGUCGAGAUUUGUUUUCGCAAUCUUCAACAUCAUCGUCUGCUGCUUCGACGUCAAAGACAAAAGUUGCGGAAGGACAAAAUAAGAUGGGAAUGGCAAUGGAUUUAGAUGAAUUUGAUAACAAUAACAACAAUAACAAUGAUGAAAGAGGGAAUGGAAAGAAAGUAGAAGAGAAAUCAUUGGAUGAAUAUGGAUUCGUCACUGGUGAUUUACUAAGCGUCUCUUUGUACGUACCUGAACCCAAGAUACCCGCUGGUGGAAGAAGAGAACUUUCUGGUCCAGGAUCGGGACCGGGAGCAAGCUUAGGUGGGAAUGGAAUUGGAACCGCAAGUGGAAAUGGAAAUGGAAAUGGAAUACAAAUCAGAUCAUUUGGAUGGGGUGAUAAGGAUAAAUCAUCAAGAAAUAAUCCUAGAGAAGAAGGAUCAGGUCCUACGGCAAGAGAUGGACCUGGAAGCGGAAGUGGGAGUGGGAGAGGUGGUCAUUGGGGUAGAGGAGGACCGUUGCCCCCUCAAGAAUUCAGGGGUAGUUCAAGAGGUGGUUUCGGAGCUGGUGAACCGGCCAAUGGAGGCAGCUGGAGAGGUGGCGCAGGGGGUGCCGCAGGUCCUGGUGCAGGACUAGGUAUAAGAGGUCAAGGCAGAAGUGGUAGACGAAGUCCGGAUGUGACAAGAGAUAGAGAUGACGAUAGAGGUAAUGGAAGAAGAAGUAGAAGUCCAGAAAGUAGAGAAAGAAGAGAAAGUUGGAGUAGAAGAAGAUAA